ACAUUGGCAUAUUUCGUAUCCGGGAAGUUUUUUUUCUUAUCCUUGAUAAAACCAAACAUACGGGACCUAUCAUUCAUUGUUUUCAAAAUGAAAGAUGUCUAUUUGAGGUUAAACUAAUGAUCAAAUUUCUUCGAAUUCGCCAUUUAUUGUAGAUUUUUGGCUGUGAUCGCAUUCUUACAGGAAAAACACGACGGUUUAGUUCAGAAUUAACUUUGCAAGACCGUUGUAAACGCAACCUUGCCAGGCUGCUGCUUGUGGUCAGCAAACAUGCCUCUUGGUUUAAAACCAUGUUGUGCUGUCUGCAAGACGAACUCUUCUUCCAUGUGGAAAAAAGGAAACCAGGGGGAAAUUUUGUGUAACAACUGCACGGGUAAAAUUGUAACGAGUGGAGGAUCCGGAGCAUCUGCUUCAUCCACCAUCCAGCAGAAUAAUGGCGGAGGAAAACAGUCCAAACAGGAAAUCCACAGACGCUCCGCUCGGUUACGGAGCACCAAGUACAAAGCGCCGGCAUCUGAGAAAAAAGUCUCAACCAAAGGAAAGGGCAGACGACACAUUUUCAAAUUGAAAAAUCCUAUCAAAGCACCAGAGUCUGUGUCAACAAUCAUCACAUCAGAGUCCAUGUUUUACAAGGGUGUCUAUUAUCAAAUAGGAGAUGUCAUUAAAGUAAUAGACGAGGAUGACGGUAAACCGUAUUACGCACAGAUUCGUGGUUUCGUCCAGGACCAGUACUGUGAGAAAAGUGCUGCGUUAACUUGGCUGAUCCCAACUCAGGCCAGUCCUCGAGAUCGAUUUGAUCCAGGCACAUACAUUGUUGGCCCUGAAGAGGACUUGCCAAGAAAAAUGGAGUACCUAGAGUUUGUCUGUCAUGCUCCAUCAGAGUAUUUCAAAUCAAGAAGUUGUCCCUUCCCAACAAUACCAGUACGUCCAGAUAAAGGCUACGUCUGGACUCAUAUAGGACCAACACCUGCUGUUGCCAUCAAAGAAACUGUAGGGUGAAGUUAACCCUUAAAAUCAUUGUACAUUCAGACUGAACUGAACUUUUUUUUUUUUGCCUUUUCAGUCCUCUUUCAAAAACUGAACUGUUAUGCUUGAAUUAGGAUAUGUGAGGUAUUGGCCAUCGAAUAUUUUCUAC